AUGGUAUCAUUUUUUAAGACAGCAAUAUGUAUUUUAAUUUUAUUUCUAUGCUUAAAUGAAAAGAUAGAAUGUUCUAUAAACAAUAAUGAAAACUUAGAUGAAAAUUUAAUUUUAUUGAACAAUGCCAACAAUGACAAUAUUGAUCAACUAAAAUCUAUGAUUGGAAAUGAUGAAUUACAAAAAAACUUAACUACAUUAGAAAAGCUCAUAUUAGAAUCCUUAGAAAAGGAUAAAUUAAAGUUUCCCUUAGUAAACCCUGAAACAGAAACUUAUUUGGAUAUAACAAAAUUUAAGAAGAAAUCAAUAUCUGACGCAGAUGAUAAAAGGUAUUUCAUUCCUACAUUAGGAUGUGAUUUUUAUAAUAUAACAAAAUAUGAAAAAAUUUUAAGACAACAAUUGAUAGAAGCUUAUAAUUCAGAUAUAUCAGAUUCGAUUAAAAGAAAAUUACUUAUUGUGAGAACAUUGAAAACGAUAAAACUUAUGCUGAUACCAUUAAAUUCCUUUAAGGAAAAAAAUGAUUUAAAAUAUGCACUUGAUGAAUUAAAUAAUGUAUUUAUUCAUAAACCAUCCAAAACAGACACAAAAAGUCCAAUAGAGGAUCAUGAACAAUUUUUCACAAAUUUACUAACUCAUGUGAAAGAUAUUAAAGAAACAGAAUAUAUAGAGAAUAAAGGUGAGUACAUAAUACUAGCAGAUGAUAAAAUGGAAGUAAUGAGUACAAAAGAUUUCUUCUUUACAACUGAUAGUGAUAUAAAAUUUAUGGAAGAAUUAGAUAGUUUAUCAAAUCAAUAUGGUUUAGGUUUAAUUAGUCAACUUGGUCCUCAUCUUAUAGGACACUUUACAGUAUUAAAAUUGGCUCUUAAAAAUUAUAAAAAUUAUUUUGAAGCAAAAUCUACAAAAUUUUUCAGUUGGCAAAAAAUUUUAGAGUUCUCCAUGUCUGAUCGAUUUAAAGUUCUUGAUAUGAUGUGUGACCAUGACUCUGUAUAUUACUCAGAGAAAAAACGUAGAAAAACUUACUUAAAAGUAGACAGAUCUAAUACGUCUAUGGAAUGUAAUAUAUUGGAAUAUUUAAUACAUUAUUUUAAUAAAUAUCAAUUAGAAAUAAUUAAAACAACUCAAGAUACUGAUUUUGAUUUACAUGGCAUGAUGGAACAUAAAUAUAUAAAAGAUUAUUUCUUUUCAUUCAUGUGUAAUGAUCCUAAAGAAUGUAUUAUUUAUCAUACAAAUCAAUUUAAAAAAGAAGCAAACGAAGAAAAUACUUUUCCUGAAGAACCUAAUCGUGAAAUGAGUGCAUAUAAUUUAUAUUUAAAUUAUUAUUAUUUCAUGAAACGUUACAGUUCCUAUGGAACAAAAAAAACAUUAUAUGUUCAUUUAUUAAAUUUAACUGGACUUUUAAAUUAUGAUACAAGAGCGUAUGUCACAUCACUUUAUUUACCAGGAUAUUAUAACAUUGUUGAAAGUUCAUUUACUGAAGAAAAGGAAUUUACAGUUUUAUUUGAAAAUCUUUUACAAUGUAUUGAGAAAUGUCAUGCAGAAGAGACAAAGGUAAAAUUACUAGAUAGCAAUUUCUUGAAUGAUGUUACUAAAUGUGACUUAUGUAAAGGAGCCUUCUUAUAUUCAAAUUUGAAAUUUGAUAAGGUUCCAUCCAUGUUACAAAAAUUUUAUUUGUAUUUAACUAAAGCUCUUAAUUUACAAAAAGUGUCAUCUUUAGUAAAGACUUUAGAUAUUUAUCAGGAUUAUAGCAAUUUCUUAUGUCAUGAUGUAAACUGGUAUACAUUCUUAUUUUUAUUUAGACUUACAAGUUUUGAAGAAAUUGCAAACAAAAAUGUUGCUGAAGCCAUGUAUUUGAAUAUAAAAGAUGAAGAUUCAUUCCAUAGAACUGUUACUACAAAUUAUUGGUUCCCUUCUCCUAUAAAAAAAUAUUAUACAAUAUAUGUUAGAAAGCACAUUCCAAACAACUUAGUAGAUGUAUUAGAGAAAUCUCUGAAGAGUGGCACCUUAGAAAAGAUGAAGAAAUCAAUCAAGUUUUUAGUUCAUGUGAAUUCAUUUUUACAAUUAGAUUUUUUUCAUCAACUGAAUGAACCUCCUCUUGGAUUACCUCGAUCAUAUCCUUUAUCGUUAGUUCUUGAACAUAAAUUUAAAGAAUGGAUGGAUAGUUCUCCUGCAGGUUUUUAUUUUUCAAAUUACAAUAAUCCAUAUGUGAGGAAAGAUCUACAUAAUAAAGUGGUGUCACAAAAAUUUGAACCACCCAAAAUGAAUCAAUGGAAUAAAGUUUUGAAAACUUUAAUAGAAUGUGCAUAUAAUAUGUAUUUUGAACAAAGACAUGUUAAAGAUUUAUAUAAAUAUAAUAAUAUUUAUAAUAUAAAUAAUAAGUUAAUGUUGAUGAGAGAUUCGUUUGAAUUAUACAAAAAAAAUUCUGAUGAUAUUUUAUUUUUUGCUGAUAUAAUUAAUUUAAGGAAAUACCUUACAGCAACACCAACUGUUAAAAAAACAUGGGAUAGGGUUUAUCACACCCUUCAUAGUGUUAUGGGAAAUUCUGUAAACUUUUAUAAAUAUGGUAUAAUAUAUGGAUUUAAAAUAAAUACGGAGCUUCUGAAAGAGGUUGUUGAUGAAUUAUUUUCAAUUUAUAAUUUUAAUACAGAUAUAUUUACUGAUGUUUCAUUCUUACAAACAGUUUAUUUGUUAUUUAGAAAAAUUGAAGAUGGCUACAGAACGCAAAGAAGAGAUGAUAAAAUAAGUAUGAAUAACGUUUUUUUCAUGAAUGUUGCAAAUAAUUAUUCUAAAUUAAACACCGAAGAAAGAGAAAUUGAAAUACAUAAUUCUAUGGCAUCAAGAUAUUAUUCAAAAACGAUGUUUUCUGCUUUUCAGAUGUUAUUUUCAACAAUGCUAAGUAAUGAAGUAGAUCAUUUGGACAAAGCAUAUGGAUUAAGUGAAAAUAUCCAGGUAGCAACAAGUACGUCCGCAUUUCUUACAUUUGCAUAUGUGUAUAACGGAAGUAUCAUGGAUAGUAUGACAAACAGUCUAUUACCACCAUAUGCUAAAAAACCAAUAACACAAUUAAAAUAUGGUAAAACAUUCGUAUACUCUAAUUAUUUUAUGUUAGCCUCAAAAAUGUAUGAAAUGUUGAAUUAUAAGAACUUGAGCCUUUUAUGUGAAUAUCAAGCAGUAGCUAGUGCAAAUUUUUACUCGGCUAAAAAAGUUGGUCAGUUUAUUGGUAGAAAAUUUUUACCAAUUACGACUUUUUUUCUUUAUAAGAGAAUAACUGAAUUUACUCCAGGUGUGAAAGAUAAACCGUAUGAAUUUUUCGUUGGUUGGUUGCCUACUCACCCCACAUAUUUCUUUUUUUAUUUUUUUACUAACUUAUAUCUUGAUUCCGGAAAGUUCUUUCCUGGAGGUUUUGGAAGUGCAAUAAAAGAACAAACACAACACAUUUCAGAAGGUACUUACGAACGUAAACCAGGAGUUCAUGGAAUUACUAGAAAUUUUUUCGUAGAGCUUACUAAUGGAUUUAUGUAUGCGUUUUUAUUUUUUGCACUAUCGCAAUUAUAUGCUUAUUUCGAAAACGUGAACUUUUAUAUUACAAGUAAUUUCCGUUUCUUGGAUAGAUAUUAUGGUGUGUUUAAUAAAUAUUUUAUAAACUAUGCCAGAACUAAACUUAAAGAAUUUACAAGUGAUACUCUGAUAAAAUAUGGACAUGAAGCAUAUAUAGCUAUGAAGAAAGAAGGUUAUCUUGGAGAAGUAAUUUCUUCUAGACUUAGUCCUAAGAACAAUAUCGUGAAAUAUUUGUACGAUAAUAAUGAAGACGUUAAGAAUAAUUUAAGAAGAUAUGAUAUGGAAAAUAUUCUUAAAAAUAAAAUGACAACAUAUGUAGAUGAUUAUGCAUUUUUUGAUGAUUGUGGUAAAAAUGAAAAGUUUUUAAAUGAUAGAUGUACUUCAUGUCCUGUUUAUGAAGAUUCACAUGAAGUAGGAGACAAAAAUUUAUUAUCAGAAAUUAAAAAUAUAGAAAACGUAGAAGAUAAAAGUUCAACAUAUAUUGACUUUGAUAAAUUAUCCAAAGGAACAUUAAUAAACGAAGAUGUAGAUGUACGUGAUGACGAUGAGAAAGAUUUAGAUGUACCCGACAGUGAAUUGAUGAUUACAAGAUUGAAUUAA